AUUACUGCCUGCUUAAAAACAUACAUUUAUUUAAAUGUAUAGUCGCACGGAGACUGCGUCGCGCGCUUAUUAUCUUAUUAUUUAAGCCACAGUUGCACUGAGAGAUGUAAUAUUCAGUCACAAGGCGUAUUUUCCCACUGAUCUGCGCAGAUCGGACGCGUGUUAGCCCCGCUGAUGCUUUUGGAAGGGGUCCUGCGGAUCUCUACGUACACACUUUCAAACAGGAAACCAUCACUCUCAUCUCAAUAAUAUCAUCUUGCGGCUUUAUUUUGUUAUUUCAAAAUGCUUUCAGUGUUUAAAUCCAUUCCGACGCAUAUGGACUAUAAAGGACAGAAACUUGCUGAGCAAAUUUUCCAAGGAAUCAUUCUGGUGUCAGCAGUGAUCGGCUUCAUCUAUGGCUUAUUUAUUCAGCAGUUUGGAUGGACGGUUUACAUAAUGCUGGCUGGAUUCACAGUAUCAUGUUUUCUCACCCUGCCUCCCUGGCCAAUGUACAGAAAAAAUCCUUUGAAGUGGCAGCCGGCUGUGCCCGAGGCAUCUGGAGAAAAUCGUGACAAACCUCAAGAGAAUCAGAAGAAGAAGAAGCACAAGUGAUUCACGGCAAUAUUGUAGUUUCAGUUUGGCACAGUAAAGCCAUUUAGAUAAACAGCAGAAACAAACUUAUGAAAUCCUAUUAAGUUUUUGUGCAUUCAUUAUGUAAUAAAGAACUGUGUUUGGUACAUGUGGCACUUUUUUUU